GCCUGGGGAAGCCCUGCAGUCUCCAGGCACAAACUUUCAUGUAGGCUCACUUUCUUAGCUUCCUCCCAGAACUUUCCAGUGAACUCUUCUUUCAACAGUUCAUAACAGUCCUUAUGAAGGAACUGGAUUCCAGAGUUAGCAAGGAUCUGACAGCUGCUCAUCAUCUGACAUGAGUUCCUGUUGCCAUUCUUCUGUCUACUCAGCUACUCCUCUCCCUGCCCCUUAGCCCAAGCAAUCAUAACAAUGACUCAUGUGCAGACUCAAGAAUUUAUUUUUAUUUUUUUAAAGAAUUAUUUAUUUAUUAUGUAUACAGAAGAGGGUAACAGAUCUCAUUACAGAUGGUUGUGAGCCACCAUGUGGGUGCUGGGAAUUGAACUCAUGACCUCUGGAUGAGUAGUCAGUACUCUUAACCUCUGAGCCAUCUCUCCAGCCCCAUCAAGAAUUUAUUAAACAGAGCCUAACUUAGAUUAUUCCUUGGUUGGGAAAUACGACUAUUAACAACCUUCUAAACCGUGUACUUACGUUGCUGCAGGGUGCAGGAAGGCUGGGGUAAUAGAGAUAAGGAAGUCCGAGCACCUGUUAACAGCCAAGCACCUGUUAACAGCCCGGGGCCAUGAGCUCAGUGUGAGGUCCUUGUGCUGCAGCUGCCACAGCACAACACUUGCUCUGAGGCACCGCGGUGAAAGCUACUACAGAGGGUGGUGUAGUGCACUACCAAUCACUGAACAACACAGUCAUCUCUCACACUGUUGAGCUUUCACUCUAUUGCAUGCCACAGAUACUGUUUUUGUUUUUACAACUCCUGCAUUAAGCAAGCCAAUUAAAGCCACUUUUCCAAUAGCACAUGCUCACUUCAAUUUCUGUGUCACAUUCUGGUGAUUGUGGCAUUUUAUUGCUGAGCGUAGUGGCACAUGCCUUUAAUCCUAGCACUUGGGAGGCAUAGGCAGGCAGAUCUCUGUGAGUUUGAGGCCAGCCUGGUCUACAGAGUGAGUUCCAGGACAGCCAAGACUGUUACAUAGAGAAACCCUGUCUUGAAAAAACAAAAACAAAACAAAUAAAACUUUGGAUUUUAUUAUUACAUAAAUCAUGACAACCUGUAAUCUGUGAUCUUUGCUGUUAAUACCAAAUUUGCAUUAGUUACCACAAACUGUGCCCAUAUAAGACAGCACACUCAUUCAAUACGUCUCCUGAUGCUCCACUGACUGGCCAUUCCCCAUCGCACUUUCCUUGGGCUUUUCCUAUUCCCAGAGACAUAAUACUAAAAUUACCAACCAACCCUACUAUGGUCUCUAAGUGCUUAAGUGAAAGGAAUUGUCCUAGCUCUCAUUUUAAACCAUAAGCUACUUGAAGAAGCUAUAUGAGAAAGAAAUGUUGAAAGCUGGGACAGGCAAACUAAACUACUAGGCCUCUCUAGUUAGCCCAGUUGUGAACAUGAAGGAAAGUUCCUGAAGAAUGAAAAAUGGCUACUUCAUUGUACACAUGAAUGGUAAGAAAAUGAAAUGACCUUCUUGCUGAUGUGGAAAAGUUGUAUGGUUGGGGUAGGAGAUUAAAAAGCCUAAUGCAGAACAAGACCCUAACCACAAUUCUGAGAGAUGUUUGAAGAUAGCAAAGAUUGGUUCCCAAGGCUUAAAGGCAGAAACUGUCUCCAAGCUCAUGUAGAAACAGCAGGCUCUCCCCCAGAAGAUCUAAGAUAAAGAAUGAAGAUGGCUGUGCUGAGCAACAGAUUUUUCAAAGUAGACAAAAUAGGCAUAUAGUAGAAGACUCCAGAUUCCACUUUCACGGGUAGAGAAAAGCUAAUGCCUCACCUCAAAGCUUCAAAAGACAAGUUAAUUCUGUUAAGAGACUAAUACAGUUAGUUACUGCAAACUGAAAACGGUUGUUCAAAUCUUAGCGCCAUUAAAAGUUACAUUAAAGCUCUCUACAUGGAGAAACGUGUAUGACAGCACAUCUGUUUAAAACAUGGUUUCUGAGUAUUUUAAGCCCAUUGUUGAGACCUACUACUCCAAAAAUAUUCCAUUUAAAAUAUUAGUUUCAAUAUGUUCAAUAUGUGGUUAAUAUAUUGUGCACCCCAAUAAAUUGAUCUGGGGGUCAGAGAACAGAACAGCCACUAUAUUAAUUAGAGGUUAGGCAGUGGUAGCACACGCCUUUAAUCCUAACAUUCCAGAGGCAGAAAUCCAUCCAGAUCUCUGUGAGUUCAAGGCCACACUGGAGAACAGAGCCAGGCAUGGUGGCACAUACCUUUAAUCCCAGCACUUGAGAUCUCAUGUCUUGCUUGGGAAAGACACACACCUUUAAUCCCAGGAAGUGAUAGCAGGAAGCAGAAAGGUACAUAAGGCAUGAGGACGAGGAAUUUGAGGCUUUUAGCUUUUUAAGCUUUUAGGCUUUUAGCAGUAGUUCAGAUGAGAUCCAUUCGGAUGAAGACUUGGGAGGCUUCCAGUUUGAGAAAACAGGAUCGGCUGAGAAGUUGUCAAGGUGAGGUUGGCUGUGGCUUGUUCUGCUUCUCUGACCUUUCAGAAUUCACCCCAAUAGCUGGCCCCCAGUUUUUUAUUAAUACGACCUUUUAAGAUUCGUGUUACACUUACCAUUCAAGAGCACUCAGAGACAUACAACUAGAUGGCUGCUUCCUGCUAACUCAACAUCCACCCAGUAGCCUUGAGGGAUCAGCUUGCCUUUCCAAUCUUAACUACUGAAGAAAUGCAUUUCAUACAGACACAGCUGCCACAGUGAGUGACUCCUCUGAGGUACCCAGGUAAAUUAAAACUUCCUGCAAAGGGGUCACCACUCUAGAUGUCACGAAGAAUAUUUGUGAUUCAUGGAAGGUGGCUACAGUGUAGAAGCUGGUUCUAGCUCUCCGAGAUGACUCUAAAGAAGUGAUUGUCAACCCAUGGAUCCUGUAAACAACUCUUUUACAGGGGUUGCAUAUCAGAUAAUACAUUAUGAUCCAUAACAGUAGCAAAAUUACAGUUAAUGAAGUAACAACAAAAAUAAUUUUAUGGUUGGGAGUGUCACUACAACACUUUAUUAAAGGGUCCUUUAAUACAGGAACUGUAUUAAAGCAUUAGGAAGGCUAGGAACCACUGCACUAGAGGAUCAAAAAUUCAGUGGAGGAAGCAGCUCCAGAUAUGGGAGUAUCAGCAGAGGCCCAGCGGGAAGAGGUGACUGAAUUGCUGAAAACACAUGACAGAAUAUAACAAAUGAGUUUCUUCCUAUCAGUGAUUGGGGAAAGUGGUUUCUUGGCCAGUGAGGUGGUGCACACCUGUGUGCCCAGCACUCGAGAGACAGAUGGGAAGACCCCAAGUUUGAGGACAACCUGGAUCUAGAUAGUCAGACCCUGUCAUAAAGUAUGAGUUUCUUAAAAUGAAAUCUUGGAACAUGCUGCAGACCAGUGGUUCUCAACCUUCCUAAUGCUGCAACCCUUAAGUUCCUCGUGUUGUGGUGACCCCAACCAUACAAUUAUUUUUGUUGCUACUUUAUAACUGUAAUUUUGCUACUGUUAUGAAUCAUAAUGUAAAUAUCUAAUAUGCAGGAUAUCUGAUAUGCAACCCACAGGUUGAGCCUCACAGGUUGAGAACCACUGCUGUAGACAUUGUUCAAUGUGAACCAAGUAUUUAGAUAGUAAAUAUACCAGCUGAUAAAGCAGCAGCAGGAUUCAGAGAACUAAUUACAAUUCUGAAAAUUGUUUUACUGUGGGUAAAAAGCCACUAAACACCAUUAUCUGCCAUGAAAAGGAAGGAAAAUUUUUUUUAAAGACAGAGCCUUGCUGGCUUCACAGCAAUCCUCCUGCAUCAGCAUCUUGAUUGUUGUAAUUAUGUACACCCCAUGCCUGGCUUUGCUAAGGAGAAAUCUUUUGUGAAAUUAAGACUUAGUUGAUCAUUCUGUCUUGUUUCCUUUUUAUCAACUUGCUUGUCAUAGUAGUAUAACCCCAGCUCUUGGGAAAUCUAAGAGAAGAAUCCUAAGCUUGAGGCUAGCCUGAGCUACAAAAUGACAUCCAGUCUCAAUCAAAGACCACAGCUACCCCAACUAUAAGCAGCCACCACCUUGGUCAGCAGCUAUCAACAUCAAAGCAGGAACUUCUACCAAAAGAAAUUACAACUCACUAAAAGAUCAGGUGAUUAGAAAUUUUAGCAACAAAAUGUUCAACCUGUGAAGCAAAUGCUCUAACAGGAAGAAGUAGAUGAUAAGCAGUGUAAUUCAAGAUCACUUCAUCUAGGAGGUGAGGACAGUUAUUGAGGGAAGAGGAUGGCCAGGUCUAGACUGGAAGUUACCAGAAGAAUUCUUACUUCGAGUGAGGCAGUUUUAAGCAAAACAACAUAGAACUUUACUUUUUAAAGAAUUGUUCUGGUUCUGUCCUAAGAAGAGAACUCAGACACUGCAGGAACUUCACUAGGUUGGAAAUGUCAAGUCUCUCCUCCCAGCAUGAACAGUGGGGAUGCAGGAAGUAAGAGGACUAUGGAUCUGGUCUGUAGAUUAAGACCUAGAGCUCUUCCUAAUGCACUAUAUCAGGGCAUGAGAAAGGAAUUAUACAGAGAGGCAGGCUGUACCAAGAAAACAAUGCUCCUGAAUGCUUAAGGGAAGUUCCUUGUCUGUGUAUCCUGCAUAAUGGGUAUUAACAGCUUAGAUGCAAGAUUGUAAAACAUCUGUAGCGAACUUCUACCCUCCAGGGUUCUCCCAUUGUGCUGUAAGCCUGUAUUUAAGACCUCUUCCCUCCUUCAAUAAACAGCAUUCAGCAUAAAAUAAAUAAAUAAAUAAAUAUUAAAAAAAAAAAGAAAGCAACGCAGAUGCCACCAGAAAAGAAAGGAAGACUGCCAAUGACAUAUGUGAGGAGAAAGACAGGUGUGGUGGCGCACGCCUUUAAUCCCAGCACUGGGAGGCAGAGGCAGGCAGAUCUCUGUGAGUUCAAGGCCAGCCUGGGCUACAGCGUGAGUUCCAGGAAAGGCGCAAAGCUACACAGAGAAACCCUGUCUGGGGGGUGAGGGGACACACACGACGACGACAUGUGAGGAGGGAUGUGGCAGACAGUGUAGGAAAUGCUGAGUUGAAAUGCCCACUAAUAUUUCAGUAAGGUGGGAAGUUGGCAGUGGAACAUUUAAGGAAAAUGUCUGAGCUGAGAAAUGAUCUGGGUGGGACAAUAUGAAAAAUAUUUAGACCUGAGAAGCGAUGAGGGCACUAAAGGAGUGACGGCUACAGAAGAUGGACAGAACAAGGACCGAGCCCUGUGCUCUGGUGUAAGCAGUGGGAUCAGAGCCCACACACAGAGCAGACUGCCUCGUUCCAGUGCCACAUCUAGAAGGCACAAAGAGCAGGAGCCCCAGCUUUUCUGUGCACAGCUAUCACCGGGCUGUCACUACAACCUGCUGAAAGUCAUCUGACAAGUGAGAAAUCCCAGGUUUGUGACAAGGCUGGUGUAGAUGUUGCUGGUCUCCUAAUAAUUCCUGUAAUAACAAGGACUAGAACAGGAUUCUCAGGCCCUGGUGUGUCUCCUCUACAGACUGUUCAACAGGCAUUCUGGAAUUCAAGUGCCUAACACUUGAGACUGGAUCUGGGGAGAGGCCUGUGUUCUUUUAACAGCUCGCACGCCUUCCUGGUACUCACACACGGAGGUCCAGUGAGAUCAACAAUCAAGUAUAAUGACAAAAAUCUCAAGCUGCACCUGAAUUCAAAAGAAGUUAAUGCAACAUACCAUUGGCCAUCACCAGGGCAACAAGUGGCAGCUCUUUAACAUCAAUGAUGAGAGAGCCUGUAUUUGGACAUGUUUAGAUAAAAUAGUCACAAAGGCUGCUAAGCAGCAAUUUACAUGGUCACGUUUUUUACAUUAGAUAUAUUUCUUUCAUAUGGAUGAAGAGCUGGAAAACCUGACAGCAGGGUAGUCAAUUAGGAUAGGAGGAGCAAGCUAUCGGUAAACAGGACAGGGCAGCUCCCAAGAAAAUGCCCACACCACGAAGUACUUCCUUGACCAAAACGGAGCAAGUUGUCAAGGAUGAAUUAACGCGUGUUGUCUAAAGGACCACAGACACUGGCCCUUAUUUAACUAGUGGGGAAGGAAUGUCGGGGACCAGUUCUGAGAACUGGGGCCUGACGUCUGUUUUGACACUAACCAAAUACAUCCCGUCUCUACUUUCCCCCCAGCCACUUCACUGACUCCUAUCACAGAUCUCACGUUGCUUUGCCUCUUCUCUCCAGAAGAGCUGAAACAGAGUGUUACUCCAUCCUACCAAAUACUGAAAUCAAAGUAAGAGCUUGUACCCCAAAUGUUAUAUACCAUUUCAGGGCUACCAGAGACUAAACUUCACAACCUCUCAGCAAUUAGAAACCAAACCAUGAGAAACUGCUAUGGUUGGGAAAGAGACAAGCAUGGAAAUGUGACCUGGUCACCUAUUUGGGGGCUUGAAAGCAAAAUUAAAUAUGAGGGAGUGAUUAUAAUGGUUUAUAUACAAUUAGGCAUACCGCUACCCAAGGUUUAGGAAAAACUGAAAAACCACAUCAAAAACCCCUUUAUUUGAAAGAUAUCUAGUUCAAAUUCCACCAUGGAACUAGCUCAGAAGUAAAGGCUUGUCUAGUCAAAGACCAAGAAGAACAAUUUUAAAAGGCACAAAGCAUGCCGGAAAUCUUGAAAGAAAAGCAAUGUCCAAUUCAUGAGAGAGAAAUCUGAGGACAUAUACAUAUAAAACCACCUGAAUCAGUCAAGGUUGGCAGUCCUUAAAGGUCUCCACCCUGCCAGCAAGUUUCAGAUGUAAAGACAAACAUUCAAACGCAGGGAAAAAACAUUUCUAAGGAACGAAGCCCUUCACUGAAAAACAUGACAACUCUAUAGAGCAUGACAUACUGUGGUUUUGGUUUUUAUUUUAAGGUUUCCCUGGCAAUACAGAGAGCUUGAAAAAUAAAAACACUGGCUAUCCUGAUGACAAGAAAAACCAAGUAACUGAAAAAUCCUAACUUUUUAACCUCUCAGAAAGCUACCCAAGUAGACUAAAAUCCCCACCACCCAGCUUCCCAGAAUAGAAAAAGAGCUCCUGGGACCAGAUAUGAGCCUCAACUCAUCAACUCAUGGAGGGACCCAAGACAACAGAAAAUGGGGCACCACAUGAGUGGGUUGGCAGUACCCGUUAACAUUUACUAAUGAACUGCUACAGUAAGUACAGAACUUCUGGGAGACAGACACCGUGGUAACUCAAACCUGUUUGCCUUUUUCUCCACACACCUCAAAGGGCACUCAAAAGAAAGAUAGGGACAGGGCAGGGACCAGAGAAAAUUCUCAAGACACAAGACUAAAGGGGGAGGGGGCGAGUCCUCAGAGCAGAAAGGGUACCACAGUGGGAAAGGCUACACUGGGACAUGAUUAAGGGACAAUGGCAGGAGACUAGUUAAUGGCUUUCAAACUAGCUUAUGUUAGAAAUGAGAUGUUUGUGAACUAUUAACAACUGCUGUAGCUUAUAAUCCCUAAUGGCCAAAUAUGACAGCAAUGAAGUGGAGGAAAACUAAUAAUUAUCAAAUUUACUCUUGAAAUUGGCUACCAUAAAAGGGGAGUAAAGCAAAAAAACAGAAAAGACAAUUUUUUGAAGCAAUUUGUUGUAUUUGCCAUUUGUGGUCCCAAAUCUUUAACCUUAGAUACUGCGUGUUUUCUGACAUUAAAAUAACUGUAGACUCUUUAAGUAUGAGGGUUAAACAUGCAUGUUAGCUGGGGUAGCCAAUACCUGUGAUUCUAGCACUCUGGAGUGAAGCAGGAGGAUCGAGUUUAAAGCAAUCCUCAGCUACGUGGUGAGCUCAAGUCUAGCCUGGACUACACAAAAUGCAAUCGUUAGAAAAACAAAACCAAACAAACAAACCUUCAUGGUGUUUGCGAACAAUCUCAAAAUGUACAGGAACCACUUCCUCUAAAAGGAGGGCACACAUUAAAAUCCACUCGAAUAUGAUUCAUGCCAGUUGUUGCAUGAAGUAGGGAGGGUGUUACAUAGCAAUUUCUCUGAAUUAAAACCUUGCAUCAUCAAGGGAAACGGCUUAAGACAGGAUGAUUAUGGAGAGGUAAAACAACAGGAUAUCAGAAAGAGAAAUGAAGUAUUACAGGGAAGCACCGUAAGACACAAAGCAAACAACUCAAAAUAGCUUCAGGAGUCCCUGAAACUGACUAGAUUUCCCAAACCCCUUCCCCAAGAGUAUAUUAAAGAGUAGAGACUGUUGAUGGCCACUCUCAGAAAGUCCAGCAGAAGCAGAUAAUGCCUAGAAGAAAUAAGGCCAGGCUGAACAUCCUGGAAGAUGCUCAGACCAACUGAGCCACCAGGAAAGAACACCCUCCAACCUUUUGAGCUGUGGAGUGUACUCCAGGUUUCUAGCUUUGUGAGCUGUCACCCAUGCUGGGGUGGAUUCUGGUAAUACUGCCUCCUUGAGUCAUUUCUGCUCCUUUAAGUAACCCCUCACCCAUAUUCCUCUAAAUAACUGCAGCAAAACUCAUGCUUCACCAAAUGAGACUUCAGUGAUACCCAUACUUCGUUCUCUGUAGAUGCCCUGUCUGAGGUGAGCAGGCAUGUGUUUAUUCCCCAGAAAAGGCCUAUCUCACAACAGAGGGACAAGCUUCCUAUGCUACUGGUGGUGCACAUAUGCAUCCUAGUACUACCUCCUCCUGAGUACAUCUGUACCAUCAGACUUUCCCUCCCCGCCAAUCCACUCCCUUCCACAAAAUCUUCAUCAUCACAGAUUUGUGAUGCUCCCAAACACUGGGAGGCUACAGUGCAAGCCCGGAAUCCAUCCACAAGCUCUAUCUGCUCUCCCGGUGAAACGCAAGCCAAAGACCUCACAGAGCAAGAAACUGUGGUUCUUCAGCCAGUGUUUACUGAACACUGGAUUUGGUCCGCCCCGCAUCCAAGGAUCUAAGGACAGAUGCGUGAGCAGCAAAGCACUGGACCAGCCCAGUUCCCCAGCCAGGGAAAGCACUUCGUGAACGUUAGCCAACCAGAGGACAGAAAUGAGGCGUACCUCAACACGCCCGCUCCAGCCGGGGAAAGCACUCCGUGAACGUUAGCCAACCAGAGGACAGAAAUGAGGCGCACCUCAAUCUGCAGCCAAGAUAACUUACCUACUCCUUCACUAUUAAAAUGCUAAACCUCAGCCCGUCGGAAGUGACGUGCCAGCAGAGCCUCUCAGGUUAAAUAAUGGCAGAGACGAGUCUGCUGGAGGCUGGAGGCUCUGCAGCCUCCACGGCUGCUGCUCUGGAGAACCUGCAGGUGGAGGCGAGUUGCUCUGUGUGCCUGGAGUAUCUGAAGGAGCCAGUUAUCAUUGAAUGUGGGCACAACUUCUGCAAGGCGUGCAUUACCCGCUGGUGGGAGGACCUGGAGCGGGACUUCCCCUGCCCUGUCUGUCGGAAGACAUCGCGGUACCGAAGUCUCCGGCCGAACCGACAACUAGGCAGUAUGGUGGAAAUCGCCAAGCAGCUCCAGACAGUCAAGCGGAAGAUCAGGGAUGAGAGCCUCUGCUCCCAGCACCAUGAGGCCCUCAGCCUCUUCUGCUAUGAAGACCAGGAGGCUGUCUGUUUGAUAUGUGCAAUUUCCCAUACCCACCGGGCCCAUACCGUAGUGCCACUAGAUGAUGCUACCCAGGAAUACAAGGAAAAACUGCAGAAGUGCCUGGACCCCCUGGAGCAGAAGCUGCAGGAGAUCACCUGCUGCAAAGCCUCUGAAGAAAAGAAGCCAGGAGAGCUCAAGAGACUAGUGGAGAGCCGCAGGCAGCAGAUCUUAAAGGAGUUUGAAGAACUCCACAGGCGACUGGAUGAAGAACAGCAGACGCUCCUUUCACGACUGGAAGAAGAGGAGCAGGACAUUCUACAGAGACUUCGAGAAAAUGCUGCUCACCUUGGGGACAAGCGCCGGGACCUGGCCCACUUAGCUGCUGAGGUGGAGGGCAAGUGCUUACAGUCGGGCUUCGAGAUGCUCAAGGAUGUGAAAAGUACCCUGGAAAAAUGUGAGAAGGUGAAGACCAUGGAGGUGACUUCAGUAUCUAUAGAGCUGGAAAAGAACUUCAGCAAUUUCCCCCGGCAGUACUUUGCCCUAAGGAAAAUCCUUAAACAGCUAAUUGCGGAUGUAACUCUGGACCCUGAGACGGCUCAUCCUAACCUCGUCCUGUCAGAGGAUCGGAAGAGUGUCAAGUUUGUGGAGACAAGACUCCGAGACCUCCCUGACACACCACAGCGUUUCACUUUCUACCCUUGUGUCUUGGCUACUGAAGGCUUCACCUCAGGUCGACACUACUGGGAGGUGGAGGUGGGCGACAAGACCCACUGGGCAGUGGGAGUAUGCCGGGACUCUGUGAGCAGAAAAGGCGAACUGACUCCACUCCCUGAGACUGGCUACUGGCGUGUGCGGCUGUGGAACGGGGACAAAUAUGCAGCCACCACCACACCUUUUACCCCUUUGCACAUCAAGGUGAAACCUAAGCGGGUGGGCAUAUUCCUAGACUACGAGGCUGGCACACUGUCUUUUUACAACGUCACAGACCGCUCACAUAUCUACACCUUCACCGAUACUUUUACUGAAAAACUUUGGCCCCUCUUCUACCCAGGGAUCCGGGCUGGUCGGAAGAAUGCUGCACCACUUACCAUCAGGCCCCCAACAGAUUGGGAGUGACAAGAGAUGAAUUGGGGUGAGGCAGGGUCAAGAGUGAUGGGCCUUCCUUACUGUGACCUGCUGGAAUGUCUUGGUGUCUGCAUGGUUCCAGUCCUGAGCCAUCUUGAGAAACCACCUGGUCUCUGGGAUGGUUUGUGUGAAGGAGUAAAGAUAGGACUGGGCUGUAUGACAGAGCACAGAUGAGUGUCCCUACUUACUGUAGUAGGAGAGCGGGCUCCCAGGGAAUUGUAAUCUCUGGUGUCCAGCAGGUUUCCUAUCGCACAAGGACAGGCUGGGAAAAAAAGGGCUUUUCUAAAAACAGAAAGUCUAUAUAAAAGAGUCUUAACUUGCUUAAAAUGCAGGAAAUAGAAACCUUUAAAAGGCUUCUAUGACUCAGAAUAGCCUUGUUCCUUGUGGGAGCGCAUAGGGAUCUGUAUACCUCUGUGUUGGAAAGAUGAGUGACAGUUGCUGUCAUGAGUCUAGAAGUUGAGAGGCUUUUUUGAGGGCAGAGAUUGGACAUUAAAGUUAGAUGGAGGAUCAGGGAAGAGGCUAAAGGAACAUUACUAGAAAUGAAUGAAGAAGAGGGGGAUUUCUUUGGUUUUCUCUUUUUAGGGUAAUGUUACCAUUACCCAUAGGAUUAGCCAGAGGUUGGAAUUUGGGGAAAAGGAACGAGUGGGCAGAAAGGAGAACCCAGGUCUCAAAGAUGGUUGUUCCCGUUCCCUGCAGUUGGUCGUCUCCAAGAAGUAGGCUCACCUUUCUCUCCUCCGGAGGUAAGAUGGAAACGAUCCUGCAAGACACACACCUGCCCUUCCACUGUCUUCCCAAGGGAACUGGGAGAGGAGUCGGAUAGUAGAGGAAAGAUAAUGGUGUGUCCAAAGCCCUGGCCUUAAAGAAUGUUAAAAGUAGUUAUUCCCAAGUUGUCUGCCUUGUCCUCUGGCUCAGGUGUCCAAGCCAGAAAGGAAGAAAGGUAACAGAGUCUUUCUCUCCCCAUGAGAACAGGGUAGAAGAGGGUGGUUUGUGUAGCAAAGGGCCAGAUAGACAGCUUAGCUUCUAUUAACAUCCUUCACCCUUUGACAUCCCCCUUAAAGGUUCAGAGAAUGUAAAUCACUUUAAGUUAGGCCAAAAUAAACAACCCAUAGGGUACAUAAGUUGUCACAAAAGGUAAUGUGAUGCAUGCCAAACCAAACAACCUGGAUUAUCUGCUGCGUGGGUAAUCUUCAUACAAGACUAAGACGAGAAGCUGCAUUGAGGGCAUUUCAGUUCCUCCUACCACCUCAACAGGACGCUGUCCACUCUCCUCGUACCUUUGUGCCUUGACUGUGGUUCUUUGUGGCAAGAUAAUUUGGUUGAUCAAAAUAUGGAACAAAGGAUCCACUGAUGUGA